AUGUCGUACGAGUCAUCCGCCACAGAAGUCGCUGAGGACUAUCGUCAAGCUCUCGAAGACUUGACUACCAAUGUGCGAUUCGAAAUUAGCAAUCUGACGAUGAUUGCAAGAGAGCAGACCGAGCAUGCCCAAGUCAUCUCUGAAGUCUUGCAGGACCACAUCUUGAAGGCGCCAGCGCACAAGAAGCUCCCAGCCCUCUACGUCCUCGAUUCGAUCGUCAAGAAUGUCGGCACUCCGUACACUUUGUUCUUUGGAGCAAAGCUAUACCAGACAUUUAUGGAAGCAUACGCGGCUGUCGAUGGCCAGGUUCGCCGCAAGAUGGAUGAAAUGCUUCGCACCUGGAAGGAGCCUGUUCCUGGAUCUCUGGACAAGCGUCCAGUUUUUGCGUCAGAAGUGACGGCGCCUAUUGAGAGCGCCCUCAUUAAGGCUCGCACAUCCGCGCUUCAGGCUCAGCAAGGACGACCAGCAGGACGUGGCCGACCUGCUGCUGCACCGUACCGCGAAACACCAACGCCGCCGGGUAUGCGACCUGGCUCGAACCAGCCGAUGCCAUACGGCCAACCUCCGCCCAUGCCACAAGCGAAUGGCAACCGACCUCCGAGUGCGCCGCUCCCACACCAACCGCAGAUGGCCCCUUAUGCAGUACGUCCUGCUCAACCUUCGGCAGCUCCUGGUCCCUACCAACCCCCUCCGCAGAUGCCAUACGGAGCCGGACUCUCAGGACCUCCUCAGGCUGCUGGGAUAAACAAAGACUCUCUGGGUCAAGAUAUCCAGAAGUUGAUCGAUGCGUCGAAGUUGGAGUUUGCACAGAACCCCCAUGAUCAUAGUAUUCAACAAAGACUCAAGGCGUUGUUGGAUGUGCAGAGCUUGCUUCAACAUCAGAACUUGCCCCAGGACCAGUUGGUCCUCAUUAAGAAUCAAGUAGCCGAUCUUGCCGUAAAAGUGAGGCCGUUCUCGGCCCAAAGCUCAACCCCUACUGCUACAACUGUCCCCCAUCAUCCACCGCCGCCACCUGCGGCGCCUGUAGUACCAUCUGGCCUGCCUCAGCAGCAAGCUGGAGUGACGCUUGAUGCCCUCUUGGGCCAAGGAGCUCUUGCUGCCCUGUUGUCACGGCAGUCAGCCACUCCGCAGCUUUCAACGCCGCCGCCCCCUCCUCAUGCCAGCAUGGCGAUCCGGUCUCCUCCCCCACAGAGGGCCGAGCCGCAAAGACAGCCCAGUGCGCCGCCGGCAACAGAUCCUAUGGCGUUGCUGGCCGGCUUACGGCAAGCUGGAAUCCUUCGGGGAGCAGCUCCAAGCGCAACGCCGACGCCAGCAGCCCCGGCACCAGUGCCCCCUCCAGGGAUGCCUAUGAUGCCUCCCGGAUUCUUGCCCCCUAACAUCGCAAGCUUGUUGGCUUCCGGCCAGCUGCCACCGAUUCCUCCGCUUGGGGGUAUGAGCGGCAACCAGCUUGAUGCGGCGGCCUUGAAACAACAAUUCCAACCUCACUUAAUCCCGUCUCUCUUUGAACAAUUGGGUCCUCAAUGCACCCAAUGUGGUAGACGUUUCAAGACGGAUGAUGAGGGUAGGAAGAAGAAGAUGGCGCACAUGGAUUGGCACUUCAAGGCACACCAACGACUCGCAGAAGCAGAAAAAAGAGGCCAGCACCGAAGCUGGUAUGUCGAUAACAAUGACUGGCUCAAGUCACGAGAGGCCAUUGAUGUCGACCAUGUUGCGGCUGCGGACAAGUCUUCGUCUAGUCCUGGCCGAGGGAAGAAGGAGGCCAAGCCUCGAUAUAUUCCCGUGCCAGAUGCAUCCAGCGGGAUCAAUAGCAAAUGCCCCAUCUGCCAAGAGAAAUUUGAGAACAAGUGGCUUGAGACUGCUCAAGAAUGGGUGUGGCUGGAUACUACAUUGGUUGGCAAUCGAGCAUAUCACUUUAGCUGUCAUUCGGAAGCGACACAAGCACGCGAGAGCACACCAGUCUAUACGAAGAGAGCACCUGAGCCAUCGCACGGCAAGAAGCGCAAAGCAGAGGUAAGCCGGGGUGCAGCUCUUUUCGCAAUAUCGGCAGGGACUAACCAAUGUUUCAGGGUGACCAAAAGCCAUUUCGUGGAAAGAUGA